AUGGAGACCCGAACGGAAACAUACACACGCCACCAACUACCCUCGGCACGGCAAGGCCGAAUGAAGAUUGACUCGCUGCUAAACCCUUCUGCUGACGGCGGGCUGGACGAGCACAGCAGCACGACGGGGUCGCCAUACAGCCAGCACGCGACAAUGUCAUCCUCGUCGCACAGCAACGGCUACGCACAUUCACCGGGCUACCCACCAUCCCCGAACCAGUAUUGGUAUGGACGUCAAGGCUACCACGACAACAGCCCGGGCGCAGCAUCAACCGCCACGACGCACGUUAGCAGUGGCAGCGGUAGCUCACACCAUCAACAUCAUGCUCAUCAUCACCAGCACCAGGGUCAAGGACAUCAUCAGAGUCAGCAUUCAUCAAGUGGACAGCACCACCAUCACCACAUGUUCCUGUCCUACCGACCCACGAACGGGUCUACCCACUCAUCGCCGGACCCGUACCACCCACGCGAGCGGUAUGACUCCGUCUCCUCCAGCUCCAGCAACAACGGCGACCGGCGACGGCCGCCACGCCCCAAGUACGAAGAAGAAGAGAUGUACUUCAUCUGGUACCACCGCGUCGACCUGUGUCAGGAGUGGAAGGAAGUACGCGAGAGUUUCAACCGUCAAUUCCCCAGUCGACAGCGGCGCGGGUUCCAGGGCAUCCAGUGCAAAUUCUACCGAUUCAUCAAGGAGAAGAAGUGCCCGACGCUUCGGGAGCAACGACGGAUGCGAGAUGGCGAGUUCCUUCGGGAGGGUGCUUCGAUGGGGGCUGAUUCGGGGGCUCCACGAUUUGGUGUGAGGGAAUGGGCCAAUGUGUGGUAUCCUUGGAUGCGCGAGGAUACAGAGAUGGGCCAGAGUCAGUCGCGUAUGUCGACGUGA